AUGUCGUCGAAUUUAAUGUUAGAUUUAAUGAAUCCUUCGAUGAGUAGUAAGGAAGUGGGAGAUAUUUCCAUCGACCAGGAUGGAGAGUGGGACAUCAGUUUGUUUGAUGAGCUGGAGGAUCUUGGAGAUGCUGAUGAGCUUCUGGAGGCGCUGGUGAAAAGUGUAGGCUAUGACACAUCUGUUCCUGACCUGAACUUUGGCACUGAGCAACCAGCAUGGAGCUCAGAUGGAUGGAGAGAAACCAGCAGCCCUCGAUCAGAUGGGGAUGUAACUGUGGACUCACUGUCACCAAACCACACAUUCAGUUCAGUGUCAUCACCAGCGUCAGUGGAGCCUCAGUCACCGUACUCCACACAUGAUGAGGCACUGUCUCCAGACUCGUGGCGUUCCCAUCCCUCUCCGCUGUCCGUCUGCUCUGACUCCAGUGGAUUUACUGAGGCACCUAAUGAGAAGAAGCCAUCUAAGAGGACCAAUCAGACAAAAGCCAAACCUCUCCAACCAGCAAAAAGACCCAUCCAGGUGUGCCCCAAGGUUUCCAUUCAGCCUAAACCAAUCAUUACAGCUGUUCCCAUCUCCCGUCCGGCAGCCCCUCUUCAAACCAAGAUCAUCAUCCAGCCGCUUCAGGCCACAGUUCUGCCUGUGGUGAAACCUCCACCUGUCACUAUUCAACCAGCGCCCCCUACAGGUCAGCUAAUGCAGCUUCCUCAGCCCACUCAGGUUCUCCAGCUUCAGACGCCUCAGUCAAUGCCCACGCGUGUAGUCACUAUGCCUGCACUGGCACAGGACAGACCCAUCUCUCUUGUUGCUCCGGUAACAACAUCUCCUGUGGUCACCAUGACACUGCAAAAUUCCACGCCUGACGAUGAUUCAAAUGCGUCUCGGAGACAGCAGCGCAUGAUAAAGAACAGAGAGUCAGCUUCUCUCUCCCGGAAGAAAAAAAAGGAGUAUUUAAUGACACUGGAGACCCGUCUGAAGUUAGCGCUGACAGAAAAUGAGAAGCUGAAGAAUGAAAAUGGCACAUUAAAAAGACAAGUGGAAGGCCUAAUGAGUGAGAACUCUGUGCUGAAAGCAACUGCUCCAAAACGGAGGGCUGUGUGUCUUAUGGUUGUCCUGGUCUUCUUGGUUGUCAACUUGGGUCCAAUGAGUUUGCUUGGAGGAGACAGAGGGUCUGCCUUUCCUGCUACCCCUGUGUUCAAUGGCAGACACCUGCUGGGAUUUUCUCCUGAGUCAGAGAGAAACUUGGACAAGCCUCAGACUGACCCAUCUAACACUGUGGACAGGUUGGAGGAGGGGGUUUCAGAGCAGAAGGCAUUGAUGGUGGUCAAGGAUCCUCUGUAUUUCAGAACUCCACCCCCCUGCCAGCCACCUGUCAACAGGACCAAGUGCAUAAAGAUAGCACAUGAGCUGAGAGGAUGGGUGCAUCGGCAUGAGGUUGAGCGGACCAAAACUCGCCGCAUGAGCAACACUCAGCACAGAGGCAGAACCUUCAUGAAAGCGUCAAGUAAACAAGCUGACGUACCACAGAUAAUGUCACAGAUCCAGUACACAGACUCCUCUGAAAAGAAUCCCGGCAGUGAACUGCAGGUGUAUUACGCUCCUCACCGAACCUACAAUGACUUCUUUGAUGAGCUCAACCGAAGAGGGGACACUUUCUACGUGAUCUCUUUCCGCCGGGAUCACCUCCUGCUUCCCGCCACUAACCACAACAAAGGCAGUCGCCCCAAGAUGUCAGUGGUCCUGCCAGCUAUGAAUUACAAUGAGAGCAUCAUUAAAGACAAGGAUUAUGAGGUGAUGAUGCAGAUCGACUGUGAGGUCAUGGACACCAAAAUCCUCCACAUCAAAUCGUCCAGUAUCCCCCCUAUCCUGCGGGUCAAUCAGACGGAGACAAGCUCUUUUUAUCACGCCACCCCCAGCAAUAACCAACCCGCCGCCCCUGUUGGAGUCCUCGUGGGCUCUUCUUAG